CAAUUAAUAUGGGAUGCCCCCAGGGCUCUCCACUAAGCCCCUUACUAUGGAAUAUGUUACUAUCAGGAUUACUAGAAAGAACCUUUCCGAAUCACAUAUAUCUACAAGCGUUUGCAGAUGACAUCGUAGUUGUCAUAGAAGGGAACUCAAGAAGAGAAUUAGAAGAAAGAACUAUCGAAAUACUGCAAGAAAUAGGACAGUGGACAUCCGAACGUAAACUAUAUUUGAACUACUCGAAAUGUAAAUGUCUAAUAAUAACUAGAGGAGAACUAUAUAAAAAAAGACCCCCAAUAAUAAAAUUUCACGAUCAUAAGUUAGAAAUAGUGAAACAACUUAAAAUUUUAGGAGUCAUUUAUGACUCACAUUUAACCUUCUUACCACACCUUCAAUAUAUAAAACAGAAAGUUCAAAUCCAUACAGCCAACAUCUCAAAAAUAUACUCGACAAAUUGGGGUAUCACAUCAAGCCAACUACGGGAAAUAUACUUACGAAGCAUAGAAAGAUAUAUAGUGUAUGGAUCACCCGCGUGGUGGAGACCAUCAGGAAAUUCACAUAUGUUAAGACAACUGCAAUCCAUACAAAGGUUACCAUUACUUAAAAUAGCAAGAGCGUUCCGCACAGUUUCUAACCUAAGCCUGCCUAUACUAUGUAAUAUCAUCCCAAUCAACAUUACUCUUGACGUAGAAUCAUUUAUGUUUAAUGUCUUCCAACUUAAGAUACCCGCCCAAUUCGAUAGCUUUAGUAUCUCCCCCACAGAGGUAUCGUAUCCUAUAGAUCUUUGGAAAACUCAUCCAACAAAGAGAUUCAAUAUAUCAUUCCAAAGAAUCAAUUCUAUUACUGUAUCUCAAAUAACCAACGUCAUAUCACUCUAUACAGAUGGUUCAGUGUACUUAGAUCAGGUGGGAGCAGCAUUCGUUAUUCUGAAAAACAAUGGAAGAAUUAUAAAAAUAGGAAAAUAUCGCUUACCAAAACACAGUACAAUAUUCGAUGCAGAGGCUAUUGCCAUAUUAAAAGCCCUUGAUUAUAUUCUUACAACAAGAGAUGGACUACAUUGUAACAUAUACACCGACAGCCUAUCAGUCCUACAAGCAUUGGCAAAUCCAAACAAUGCAAUUCCUUUAAUUAACGAAAUAAAACAUAUAAUCCAAUCAGUCAACAGAUUUAAUACAACGGCUUUUUUUCACGUCAAAAGCCAUACUAAUAUUUUAGGGAACGAUCUAGCCGACCAAUUUGCAAACUCGGCACGUUAUCAUGGCCAAUACAUACACCUACCAAAAUCAAAACAAAAUAUAAAACAUACAAUAAUGGAAUUAGCACGUAGGAGAUGGGAUCACUCUUGGCAAAACGAUGGCAAAAACACAGAAUUAUUUAAAUGGAUACCAUCAACCAAUCAUAUACCCAUUAGCUUCCCUCCUUCUACCGCUUUUGCGGCUUUGGUUCAACGACAGGAUAAAGAGCUCGAGUUCCUCUGGGUUAAAUACACAGUGAGAAUAAAACACGAAUCCGGUAUAUUUUAUCUCGAAACGGGUAAGAGUCUCCUCGAAGGGAAAACCGGAACCGAAAACGCACGCUACCCAUGUGAACAGCCCAUGCAGGGUACACCGUGGUCCGCGAGCCCACUUUAA